CUCUCUCUCCACUACCCAGUGAUCUCCGGGGAAGGACUAAAGAUUUUUAUAUUUUCUCUUAAAAUCUUUUUUUUGUUUCUCUUUAAAAUAAAAAAGCGAAAACAGUAAUAAACCGGAGUUGAGUUAAUAGUUAGUAUCCAUCCAUCGAUUGGGGUGUCGAGAAAGCUUCAAACCCCUAAACUUCUGAGACUUGUCCUCAGGGCUUCUCGGAUUCUGUCUUCAUCGAGCUCUAAUGGCUGGAAGAGCAUGGUUGGUUGACAAAAACCGCAUUGCAACUAAAAUCUUGUGUGCAUCGGACCCCUGUCGUACGGUGUGGAACACCAAUCCUACUAGACAUUGUCCCAACUGUCAUCACCUCAUUGACAACAGCCAUGAAGUUGAUGACUGGCCAGGCUUGCCACGAGGUGUGAAGUUCGAUCCAUCUAAUCCAGAGAUCAUAUGGCAUUUGCUUGCAAAAACUGGUUCACUAGGUCUAACUCCCCACCCUUUCAUCGACGAGUUCAUCCCAACCGUUGAUCAAGACGAUGGAAUCUGUUACACUCAUCCUAAGAACUUACCAGGUGUCAAGCACGAUGGGACUAUGUCCCACUUCUUCCACAGAGCAAUCAAAGCUUACAGCACAGGAACUCGGAAGCGCAGAAAGAUUCACGACGAUGAUCUUGGCGAUGUGCGCUGGCACAAGACUGGGAGGACUAAGACUGUUGUGUUGGAUGGUGUUCAGAGAGGUUGCAAGAAGAUAAUGGUUCUCUAUGAAGGAAAAUCCGUGAAAACCAACUGGGUUAUGCAUCAGUAUCAUUUAGGAACAGACGAAGAUGAGAAGGAUGGUGAGUACGUUGUCUCUAAGAUAUUCUACCAGCAGCCUCAGCAGCAAGGAGUACUCAAAAAAGGUGGUGAUAAAGAUAAAGCUGAAGAGGAAGUCUCUGAAGAUAUAUUUGCUGCUGCAACGACGACUCCUAAAGCGGAUCCUGUCACUCCGAGAUUGUUUACACCUGAACCUAGUAGACAAGCUGUGCCACUUUGCUCAGAUUCUCACUUGCCAAAUGAAUAUGCUACUCCCCAAGAGGUUUCUCUUGCUGAGAGUAAGACAUCCGAGGCAAUGUAUAUGGAAGAUGAGGUUCAAGGGGCUCAACGUGAUCAUGAAAGACCAAGUUCCGAGGAUGAGCCUGCGCCUGAGACGGUGAUUGAAAACGGAGAUAAUGAGAUAAUGAGAUUUGAUAAAGAAGAUGAAAACGAUCAAGUAAACAAAGAAGGUGAAGAAAACCACGAAGAUGAGGAAGAAGGGAAUUGGUUGGACAGUGAUGGAUCUCAGUUUAUAUUGAACUCGCAACAGCUGGUGGAAGCCUUGUCUCUUUGCGAUGAUCUCUUGCAGGUGGGAUCACAGGACACAAACAAUGGAGGAGGAGGAGGAGGUUUAAGGAAUAAGCAGCAGCCAUGUUUUGGUGAUUACGCACACCUGGGAGGAACAGAUGACUUCAAACGGGAUCUGGAGGAUUGUCAGAAACUGAUUAUUGAUCCGUGCAACAUAGAGCUGGAUACUCCACCUGAGUUCCGUUUGAGCCAGCUGGAGUUUGGAUCACAGGAGAGCUUUCUCGCUUGGGGAACUGGAAAGACUGACUGACAAAACAGAACUCACACGAGAUGGAGACUAUGGGAACUCGCUGAUAUAUUUUUUUUGGUUGGCAAAACGGUGCUGUAUGAUAUUUUCCCUAUGUGCCUAAAGUGCUUGAGUUCGAAUUGUUUUUUGUUUUUGUUUUCGGAGUUAGAACAACUACUUCGGAACUUGUGUCUCUGAUACUUGCAAUGUGGUUCUUUUGUAAAUAGUGCUUUUGAGAUAAUGGAGCCUAAAACCUCCAUGUAUGGACU